GCUGUUGUGCCUCAGCAGCAGCAGCAGCAGCAGCAGCAGCAUCCUGCAGCAGGACACGGAGCCGCUCUCAGCCGCUGCGGGAUGUUUCUCUUUCUGGUGGUCGUGGGCCUCGGGGUGGGCACGCUGCUGGCCGUCGUAUUCGCCCCUCAGAUACGGAGAUAUGCAGCGGGGGGAGUGUGCAGGUCGGCGGCUCGUCUGGACGGGAAGACGGUCCUCAUCACGGGAGCCAACACGGGGAUCGGGAAGGAGACGGCGCUGGACCUGGCCAUGAGAGGCGCUCGGGUGAUCAUGGCGUGUCGAGACGUGGAGAAGGGCGAAGAGGCGGCGGCCAGCAUACGAGCGGCGCACUCCAGCGCAGACGUGGAGGUCCGAGAGCUGGAUCUGGCCGACACCUGCUCGAUACGAGCCUUCGCACAGAGAUUUCUCCGAGAAGUGAACCAUCUCCAUAUACUCAUCAACAAUGCGGGGGUGAUGAUGUGCCCCUACACAAAAACCAUCGAUGGCUUCGAGAUGCACAUCGGAGUCAAUCACCUGGGUCACUUCCUGCUGACCUCGCUGCUGAUCGGCCUGUUGAAGCGCAGCGCUCCGGCCCGCGUCGUGGUCGUCUCCUCGCUGGCGCACAACUUCGGCUGGAUCCGCUUCCACGACCUGCACAGCCAGGGAAGCUACAACAGCGGGCUGGCGUACUGCCAGAGCAAGCUGGCCAACGUGCUGUUCACCAGAGAGCUGGCACGCAGGCUCAAAGGCACCAACGUGACGGUGAACUCGGUGCACCCGGGGACGGUGAACUCUGACCUGACCAGACACUCGACCCUCAUGACCAUAUUCUUCACCGUCUUCUCCAUGUUCCUGAAGACGCCGCGGGAAGGAGCGCAGACCAGCAUCUACUGCGCCGUGGCCGAGGAGCUGGACUCCAUCAGCGGGCAGCACUUCAGUGACUGCGCUCCCGCCUUCGUCGCCCCGCAGGGCCGGAGCGAGGAGACGGCGAGGAGACUGUGGGAGGUCAGCUGUGAGCAGCUCGCCAUCGAGUGGGACUGAGCUCCUCCUCCUUCCUCUUACCUUUGAUUUCUUUUAAUUACGGUUUUAAUGUUCUGUACAUUGGUACGUUUUUUUCUUACCCAAAUAAGCAGUCAGGUCAAUUCUGUAAGCGGUCCUAUGACGUGAAGUGGAAGUCUUUUGUAUAAUAAUGUAGUAAUUACAUUAUAAUAACUUGAGUAUUUUGGUGCUCUGCGACAUUUUUCUUCAAAACCAAAACCACUCAACUGUAUUAUCAUGUAACCACAAAUACCUUUUUGGACUCUAUAUUUUUGUGACACAAUGUGAAUACAGUGUAGGCAAAAAAGCAACUUGAUGUAUUGUAAACGCUGUAGGAUACAGUCAAGGGUCAACGCAGGGUAAACGACCAGCAUCUCUAUCAGAUCUGCUUCUUUCCUCCACACGUUUUUUGCAGUUUUAAGAAAAAUGGCUUGAAUUUUGUGCCAGCAUUUCUGAAACCAAGUGCAGGGGUUCAUACAGCGUUUCCAGGUUCAUCUCCAACAUUAUCCGCUUGAGUCUGAGCCACGAUCAACACUUCAACUGUAUCUUGUGAUAACUGCGAGCCAAGACAAACGGAACAAGAGCCGGAAUCAGGUCCGCAGACUUUUGAAGUUUUUUUUUUUUCUCCCCCUUUUGCCCCAUUUGCAUAUUUCUGGAGGAGAUUAUAGUUUUACAUUUCUAAAAAGGAAACCUCCCUUCUCAUGUUUCCUUUUGCAGCAUUCACACGCAAGGAUGCCAAGAGUUUACAUUCUGUGUUUUAUACGAGUGAAAACAUGCCUUUUACUACACGUACGUUCAUGUUCAGAGUUGAAUGUUUACAUUUUAUGUAAAUAAACUGAAAUCUUA